AUGUACGGGCAGCAUUGGUACGACAGUGCGCUGAGGAGUCUGGGACGAACGGGGCUGUCCGUGAUGGCGACGAAGCAGUUCGAUCUCUGGAGCGCACCCGACGUGCUCGUCGUGCACCUCAAGCGGUUUGGCAGCAGCCGUGCAUUGCCCGACAAGAUCGACGUGUUCAUCUAUUUCCCCGUUACUGGUCUCGACCUAGGCGAUGUCGUAGGAGAGAGGAGAGUGGCGAGGGACUUGAAGGCGAAGGGGGUUGAUGUGGAGGCUUGA